UCAACUUAAUUACUUGAUUUAAAAUGUCCAAAACAAUUAAACAUUUAACUCUAACUUUCAUCAUAAAUGAAGAUAAAGAAGAGAUUCUUCUCGGUUUCAAAAAACGAGGACUAGGUCAAGGACUUUGGGAUGGAUUUGGUGGAAAAGUUGAACAAUCAGAAGAAAUUGUAGAUGCUGCAAAACGUGAAGUUAAAGAAGAAUGUGGACUUGACGUAGAACUUGGCAAGCAUUUUGCCACCAUUGAUUAUUCCUUUACAAAGAAUCCUCUCGAAAUUCAGAGAUCUUUCGUUUAUCGUACGACGAUAGCAAAAUCUUCCGGAGAAAUUCAAGAGACCGAGGAAAUGAAGCCACAAUGGUGGUCAAUGUCUCAACUUCCCUACGACAGGAUGUGGGCGGACAGCGAACAAUGGUAUUCACUCAUGUUUAAAGGCACACCCUUCACGGCAGAAUAUCUAUUUGAUGAUGACAAUCACGUCAUUAAGGGCAAUCUUGUGUUGAUUUAGUUAGGCUUAAUAAAUUGCAAAUCUUUAAAUCAUCAACUUGU